AUGACAGAGAUGACGGUAAUCGAGGCAGUGCGUUCGGCUCUGCGGGAAGAAAUGGAGCGGGACGAGCGGGUCUUUGUCAUGGGCGAGGACGUGGGACAACGCGGCGGCGUGUUCUUGGCCACCCAGGGGCUUAUCGAAGAUUUUGGUCCCCAGCGCGUGCUGGAUACUCCGCUAGCGGAGGCGUCCAUCAUGGGCAUCGCAUUGGGCGCCGCGUUCCGUGGGAUGCGCCCCAUCCCGGAGGUGCAGUUCUCCGAUUUCGUGUGGCCCAGCGUCAACCAGCUGAUCGGGGAGGCAGCCCGUGCCUACUAUGGAACCAACGGGGCCCUCAAGGUUCCCAUGACCGUCCGCAUACCCUACGGCGGGGGAAUUCGCGGCGGGUUGUUUCACUCGCAAAAUGUAGAGGCUCUUUUCUUCCACACACCGGGUUUGCUCGUCGUAACUCCGUCGACGCCGUAUGAGGCCAAGGGUCUGCUGAAAUCGGCAAUCCGCGACGACAAUCCGGUGAUAUUCCUGGAGCACAAAAAGACCUACCGCCUGGUGCGCGGCGAAGUCCCCGACGACGAUUACACCAUCCCAAUCGGCCCGGCCGACAUCAAACGCGUCGGCGGCGACGUCACCGUGGUGUCCUACGGGCUGGCGAUGCACUACUGCCUGGCCGCCGCUGAAGCCGUGGCUGCCGACGGGAUUGCCGCCGAAGUGGUCGACCUGCGCACCCUGAAACCACUGGACACCGCAACGAUACUGGCCUCGGUGCGCAAAACCGGCAAGUUGCUCAUUGUGCACGAAGACAACAUCAGCGGAGGCAUCGGCGCCGAGAUUGCGGCGCUGGCUGCCGAUGAAGCAUUCGAGUAUCUGGAUGCACCCAUCGCCCGGUUGUGCGGGCCCGACGUGCCAACUAUGCCCUUCGCCCAAACGCUGGAAGAUGCCUACAUGCCCAACCCCGAGGCCAUCGCCUCCGAGCUACGGCGGUUGGCCUCAUACUAA